AUAACGUUUAACACAUGAUUAUAGAUACAUGUAUUUACUACAUAUUAAAAAUUACAGUAAUUGAUAUUGUGAUCGAAAAUGUUUAACGUUAAGAAGCAUCUUCCUCGUGUCUUGGCGUUGGUUGCAGGAUGUUUGGGAAUGGCGAUUGCAGGAUCGGUCUAUGCAUAUGGUGCCUAUAUAGUGGCAGUAAAGAAACAUUUCAACUAUACCCAGCCUGAAGUUGAAUUAUUUGGUUCGAUGUCAAACUUCGGAAUAUCUCUAGGAUUUCCUGCUGGUAUUGUUUGUGAAAAGUUCGGACCAAGAAUAGCAUCUUUAUGUGGGCUUAUCAUAGCUUCGGCUGGGUUUACAUUAUUAUGGAGUGCUACAUUAACGGAGGAAUUUUAUUCUAACAAAGCAGGAUUACAAGAUAUAUACUACUUCAUUUCAGGUUUUGGAGCAAUAUUCUUAUACAUGGCUGCCAUGACAACUAACGUCAUCAACUUUAGUCCGAAACACCGUGGAAAAAUAAUUGGUUUAUUAGACGCUUCAUUUAGUGGAGGACCGGCAGUGAUGGCAUUUCUAUACGGUGUUCUUUUUGCAAAAGGACGCAAUGCUGAGGACCAAAAUCUAACGGGUUUUUAUCUGACAUCAGCAAUAAGUUUUGCCGUUAUAGGAAUAUUCGGAACAGUUUUUCUCAGAUUUCACCCAUAUAACCCGGACCCGGAUGAAGAGAUCAUAAUUAAUACGGAUGAUUCUAUCAAACCAAUGACACAAGUACACGUCAUAGAAGACCUCACUGGAUUGUCUCUUCUUAAGAGAUUUGACUUUCAUUUUAUAGCAUGGGGGUACAUUAUGUGUGCUGGAUUACAACUGAUGUUCCAAAAUAAUAUUGGAACUUAUUUAGCAUCAUACGACAUAUCAAAGUUUACGACGGUGUUUACUACAAUCAAUCCAGUUUGUGGUAUUUUUUCCAAAUUUUUUGCCGGUUUUUUAUCGGAUGCUCUUGUAGAUAGAUAUCCUAGGGUUGUCGUUCUUUUUGGAUUUAACAUAAUGCAGACAAUAUUUUUAACGCUUUCUAUAUUCUUUUCUGACAAGUUUGCCAUGAUUCUAGUCGUCAAUUUAGUCAUUGGGUUUUCAAAUGGUGCUCUUUGGUGUCUAACGCCGACCAUGAUCAGCGAAUUUUAUGGAUUGAAAUAUUUUGGGCGCAACUGGGGUUCUAUUAUGCUUGGUAACGCAUUUGGUGGACUUCUAUUACAACAAUCUUUUGGAUGGUUGUAUGAUAGUAGUAUUCGGUUCAAAGGCCAAACAGACUGCAGUGGUUUGCAUUGCUUUACGCUAAGUUUUACCUUGGCUGCAGUGCUAUCGUUCUGUUCCUGUAUAUUUAACCUUGGUCUUCUGCAAGGUGAAUUAGACAAAAAACACAAACGCAAACCAGAAGCAAAUUAAAAUUUUCAUAUUAAGAACCACGAUAUUUUACUCAUAGGAAGAUGCCAGAAUUUACAGACCUUUGUUCCGAAUGAAAACUGAAGUGCGUGCGUCUGGUCCAUUCUUUAAUGGCGGAAUUUACUGUGGAAAAGAUAUACAUAUGAGCACGGCUUGACCAUGAUUGAUAUGAAUUAUGUUCGUUUAAAUGAAAUCUAGCAGACCUUGAGGUGCAAGAUGUAUUGCCAAGACUGUUAAAGUGAUUUUUUAAAAUUCUUUUAUAUCCUCGGUGAGUCCGUAAAACAAACCUCCGUAUAGAACGACCAUUUAACUUCAAACGGAUGGUAGGUGAGGUUGGAAGAAAUGUGUUUUUCCUACAUUAAUAUUCUGAUCCCCUAUUUGAUUCAAAAAAAUAUUGUGGCCAAGCAGAUUACAAAAAAAAAUGUAUUUUGAAUACUGAUUUUCCUCAUACUUUAUAAUGUUGAAUUUUGAGAAAAAAAAUAUCAAUUGUUUGAUAGCGUCAAAUGAUUAAAAAGUUCGCAUUUUGCGCGAAAAAUAUUUCUGAUACAGACAAAAAAUCAACAACAACUAACCCCUUUUGAAGUUAAAUGGUUGCUCUCUUAUAAUGUCUGAUAUUGCUCCGUCCUGUGAUGAUCAAAUAUGUUGUGUCUUUUUGUUUUAUUGAAAUAAAAUGUGAUUGCAUAGUACAAUUAA